AGGGCAAGGCGGCGAAGACAGGGCCUGGGUGGCGGCGUGACGACGGGGUCGAAUGUAGUGUCACCGCUCACUCCGUGGAGUCUGGGAUCCGGGGGAGUCGGCUCGGUACCCGUGGCCUCUGCGUCCUUUUGCAGCUGUAAGGCCGGAAAGCCGGCAUCCUUAGGCGCCAGCGCUGCAUCGCCGGAUGCCUUCUGCGUUCCUAGGGUCAGAGGUCAAGGGGAAGGUCUGCGAGAAAGUGAUGAACCGUCUGACGUCACCCAUGCUACCACGGGCCCUGGCCCAGGCUGUGCGCACAGGACGACUCAGCGGCCGAAGCCUCCAUAGCAGUGCAGUGGCAGCAACAUACAAGUAUGUGAAUGUACAGGAGCUGGAUAUGGACAUGAAGUCUGUGACUGACCGUGCAGCUCGGACGCUGAUGUGGACAGAGCUCAUCCGAGGACUGGGCAUGACCCUGAGCUACCUCUUUCGGGAGCCUGCCACCAUCAACUACCCAUUUGAGAAGGGCCCACUGAGUCCACGCUUCCGGGGGGAACACGCACUGCGCCGCUACCCAUCCGGGGAGGAACGCUGCAUUGCCUGCAAGCUCUGUGAGGCCGUCUGUCCUGCGCAGGCCAUCACCAUUGAGGCUGAGCCGAGAGCCGAUGGCAGCCGCCGGACUACACGCUAUGACAUCGACAUGACCAAGUGUAUCUACUGUGGCUUCUGCCAGGAGGCCUGCCCUGUUGACGCCAUUGUGGAGGGCCCCAACUUUGAGUUCUCCACUGAGACGCAUGAGGAGCUGCUGUACAACAAGGAAAAACUGCUCAACAAUGGGGACAAGUGGGAGGCCGAGAUCUCCGCCAAUAUCCAGGCUGACUACUUGUACCGGUGAUCUGGCCACCCGGCUGAGUCCUGUGGCCCCUGCUGCCCAUAAAGAAGCUGUGA